AUGGUAGUCCAAGGCGAUGUUCCAAAACGUGAAAUGGUGAAACUUCCAAAAGCAACUAAUAAUACACCCUCAACAGUUUCAUCAAAUAAUCAACAACGAGAUAUUCCUGGUAAUUCAACAAAGAAAAAACUGAAUAAUAAUCAAACUGCAUCACAUUAUAAAGCAACAACUGGUUCGAGUCAACCAUCACAAACAAACGUGUUAAAUAAGCAACCUGUAGAAAAACUGAGGCAACGAGAACCACCAUCUGAUCGAUCUAAUGCAAAUCAACAACGAAAACGAAAGCAACUACCACAACCUAAACCUAUUGAUGCCGACGAAGAUUUUUUCUAA